CUCGACCUUCUGACGCGCAUGCGUAGACUGAAAGUUCCCUGUGCUGCGCAGACGCGGCGUUCUAGGCAACCCGGAAAGAAGACGUUUGGGUAGUUCCUGAAGAUGAAUGCCUUGACCAAGGUGAAGCUUAUCAAUGAGCUCAAUGAACGCGAGGUGGAGCUCGGGGUGGCGGAGAAGGUGUCCUGGCACGCCGAGUACAAGGACAGCGCCUGGAUAUUCCUUGGAGGGCUUCCUUAUGAAUUGACUGAAGGAGAUAUCAUCUGUGUGUUUUCACAAUAUGGGGAAAUUGUUAACAUUAAUCUCGUACGAGAUAAGAAGACUGGAAAAUCCAAAGGAUUCUGUUUUCUUUGCUAUGAGGAUCAGAGAAGCACCAUUUUGGCUGUGGACAAUUUUAAUGGGAUCAAGAUAAGAGGAAGAACUAUCCGAGUGGACCACGUGGCUAAUUAUAGGCCCCCUAAGGAUUCCACAAAUCUGGAUGAUAUAACCAGAACCAUUCGAGAGAAGGGCUGUGGGGUUAAAACCCCACCUCCUAGUUCAUCUGACUCUUCCGAAGAUGAGAUGUCUAUGAAAAAAUAUAAAAAAGACAAAAAAGAAAAAAAAAUGAAGAAAAAAGGCAGAGAUGCUAGAAUGACUAUGGAUGAUAAGCAGGAGAUGUCUACAUCAUCUUCCCUAGUAUCUCAACACAAGACCGGAAAGGAAAAGGAAGGUGGUGGCUUUGGAAAACCUACCAUUGUAGGCCUUGAGAGGGGCACUAGUCCUGAGCGACGUGAAGGACGAUGUGAUAGACGUGAAGGGUGUGAUGGACUUGAAGGACAGGGUGGACAUGAAGGACAGGAUGGACCAGAAGGACAGGACGGACAUGAAGGGAAUGAAGGACAUGAUAGACAUGAAGGAGAAGGAUGUGAAGGGCAUAAAUGCCUAACUGGCUCAUCUGUACCCCCCCAAAGUCAGCCUGAGUAUGCAGAGACCUCAAGGAAAGAGAAAUCAUGGCAUAAGAAAUCCUCAGGCAGCUCUAGCAGGAAAGAAAAAAGGAAAAAAGAGAAGCGCAGGCAUCGGGACAGAAGCCGGAGCUCUGAAAAGCACUCACAUCGCCAUGGGGAUCAUUCUGAAAGGGGAGCUAAAAAAAGGAAGCACAAACACAAGUCCCGAAGCUCCACAAAAGACUCUCAUUCCAGAGAUCGGGACCCAACUUACUCAAGUCAUCACAAAUCCAGUUAGAUGAAUGGCUUAGCUCAACUUUUCUGUCAUCCUAGAAAUGAAGAUUCAUCUUAAAAAACAACUCACCUGAGCUAAGCUGCUUCUAAGUUGCUUCUAUAAAAUAAAGUCUCUGCUGCUCAGUACCCUCGCUUUCUUGAGUGUUGUAAUUAGAGGACUCUGGACCCUCUAAAUAUAAGGGUUGUACAGUAAUUCUUAACCCCUAGGGUCCAUGAGCUUCAAAACAAAAGAAAUACUUUAAUAGUUGUAUUUCUAUAUAAUUGUUUUCCUUUCCAUUCUUAUGUAUUUUAUUUUAUGCAUUUAAGAACAUUAUUCUAAGAAGAGGCCCAUAGGCUUUUUGAUCCUGUCAAAGGAGUCAGGAUCUUAAAAAAGGUUUUAGAACCCUAUGGUGUUGUGGAAAGAGCACUCUCCUGGGAGCCAGGUGACCUGGAUUCCAGUUUUAGUUCUUUUCCUUAUUAGCUCCACGACACUGGUCAAAUCACUUACUACCCUUCUUUUACCUUUUGUUUCCUCUUUCAAGUAAGAGAGUUGGAUUAUCUAAACUCCCUUCCAGUUUGGAAUUUCUAUUUCUCUAUUUGACAAAGGAAGGGACUAUCAUAGAAGCCAACUCUUUGUGGAUGGAAGUGGCUGGCCACAGACCCCUUCCAAGGGUUGCAGCCUCUAUUCCAACAUUCCAGUAGUAAAGUUGUGCCCUGGGUUGUAGGAUCAUAGGCCCUGGAGCUGGAAGGAACCUCAGAAAGCAACAAGUUCAACCCCUUCAUUUUGUUGAGGAGGGGACAAAAGUUCAGAGGUGAUGACUUACCUGAGCCUACCCUGGGAGUAAGUAGCAGAGCUCUGUUUUGUACCUGGGUCCUUGAACUCCAAGUCUCGUAUUCCUUACGUUAUAGUAGAUUUAUUUCCUCUGUGUUAGUCACAUAAAAGGAGCUUGUGUUGCAGAUAUUAAUGCAAUGAUACAGAGGCCUUCGGAAUAAAUUCCUGAGCACCAUUAGGGUUAAUAAGUAUUUAUUUAUGAACAUUGAGGGAAGAUGACUGAAGAUUUUGGUGGUAGUGAUUGUCUUGGCCUCUGAAAAACAUUUUUAAAAAACCCUUACCCUCUCUUUUAGUAUCAGUUCUAAGAAGAGUGGCAAGGGUUAGGCAAAUAGGUUUAAGUGACUUGUCCAGGGUCACACAGCUAGGAAGUAUAUGAGGACAGAUUUGAACCCAGGUCCUGCUGACUCCAGGCCUGGCGCUGUAUCCACUAUAGCUCCCCCAUCCCCUUUAAAAUGGUUUUCAGAGUGGGAGCUAAGUAGCACAGAGGAUAGAGUGCCAGACCUGGAGUCAGAAGGAUCUUGGUUCAAAUCUGGCCUCAGAACUUACUAGCUAUGUGACCCUGGACAAGUCACUUAAUGCCAAUUACCUAGCCAUUAUUGCUCUUCUGCCUUGGAAUUGAUACUUGGUAUCAAUUUUUAAGACAGAAGAUAAAGGUUUUUUUUUUUUUAAGUAAGGGUUAGAGCAAUAGUGGAUAGAAAGCUGGCCUGGGGCUUAUAAAGGUUCAUUUAGCGUGGGUCAGAGGUGGACCCGGCGUCAAGGCCCACCUUUGACACAUACUGGGUGAACUUUACAAGCCUCUUGAUUUCUUAGUGUUCUACACAAUUUUCUAAGACACUAAGUUAUAGAAUAGGUGCCAGUCUACAUCGAUAGAAUGAGUUUCCUUCCUGGGAGUUCCCUAUACUAGUGAAAUCACAGUUCUGUGUAGAAAACAAAGGAGUAGCUAUCUUUCCUUUGCUAAUACUGGUUUAGUUGCUCAUUGCCAGUCCAAAGUAGCAUUGCUAGGGCCAAGAGUCACUCAAUUUUUGCUUUCACCAUUGCAGGGAAGGGAUUCGUCUUUCAUUGGAAAGCCAUCCAAAACACUUCCUGCAUUACAUUUGCAUGGACUUCAUGAGAAAGGUUGAUAAAUGUUGGUUCCAGAGAACACCACCAAGGGAUGGGGUUUCCUGGAUUACAUUAGAUCUCCCCAAGAGUAGUUCAUAGUAUAUUUUGGAAGACAAAGCUGAUCCUGGAAAAGAGGAGCUUCAGAUCUUGGUAUUUUGUGCAGUCCUUGACCCAGUUCCUGCUUAAUUUGGUGAGUGGGCAAGAAUUUCUUACAGACUUGAUAAGAUUUCCUGACUACAUUGCAUAUACUUAGUUGUAUAACAGUUGACUGAAAGGAUAGCUAUAGUGAGAAGUGGGGGCUAACCUGUAAUUAUUUUGCCAAAUUUAUUAACUUUGAAGAUGUUUCUCUCUUGCUCAAAGGCCCAAUUUGAGUUCUCCUGAAAUCUCUCUUCUAUUCCAGUCCCUAUUGACCUUUCCUGUCUGAUUUCCUGUAGCAGCUAGCAUUAAAUUGGGUUUUUGGGGGGUUUGCUCUUGAUCUGUAAUUUCAUCAGUGUGAGAAAUUCUUUGGGUAUGAAUUUUCUCCACCAGUACAGAUGGGCCACUCAUCUUUGUUGCCUGAGCUUACACAGCCAGGUAGGAUUUGGACCCAGGUCUUCUUGACAAGGUCUCUGCUACACUACACACUGCUUUUCCUUGAUAAUAUUCUGACCCAUGCUAUUCUCUGAUUAUAGGAUGAGACAGGAUUAGAGAGUGGGCAGGAGCUUUAGAGCCCUCUUUGGACAGAUGAGGCAGCUUGGGGUUCAGAGGGAGAAAUCAUCAGGGUCACUGGUGCUGUAAACUGAGCCAGCACUAAAACCUAGGUCCCUGGCCUGUUUUCAUUAGAACACAUUUCCUUUGUGUGAGAUGAGUCUUGUCUCCCCAAUCGUCUAUAUAUUAUGAGCUCUAUGUGGGGAGGCAUCAACUGCCCUUUUGUGAAUAAUCUUGUACUUAGUGAAUUGACAUUUUAAAAAGCUGAGCAGGUCAACAAAUUGUUUCUAAAGAUAAUGCUCUAGUAUUUAUCAUGACUUUUCUUGGUAAUGUUACCUUGUGCUUAGGAAAUUCUUGAAAGCUUAUGAUAGAAUGUUCCCCUUUCUCAAGUACUCAGAGAUUCACAAAGUUUUUUUCUCAGAACCCUCUGAGGUAGGUUAAGCAUUCUUAUCCUCCUUUUACAGAUGAAGCAACAGGAUUAGAAAGCAGUGCUCCUUUUCCUCUAAACAUUGUAAAUAGGCUUUUGCUUCUCUAGUUUAGCAAGCAAUUCCUUUAACACACCCUGCCUGCUUUUAAAUAUAUUUAAUUUUCUCUGACAUUAAGUGUACGUAGAGCUUUUUCAGGGCUUGUCCUCCUGAUUAGAUGGCGAUGAUGAUGCCAUCUCAGUAGUGGUGCUGGAUCGAGAAAACACCUUUGACAGAGCUGAAGACACCUUCUCAAGCACUUUAGAAGAUUGCCUGGAAACAUGGACCUUAGGAGUUCCUGUAGAUAAAAACCAAGGGAAAUGGGAAUAUUUCAGAGCUCUCGUUCACUUUUUUUAAAACCCUCACCUUCCACCUUAGAAUCACUACUAUGUAUUGAUUCUAAGGUAGAAGAGCAGUAAGGGCCAGGCAAUGGGGGUUAAGUGACUUGCCCAGGGUCACACAGCUGGGAAGUGUCUGAGACCAGAUUGGAACCCUAACCCUAAUCUCCUCUCUCUAGGCCUGGCUCUCAAAAGUUUCCCCCUUAGCCUUAGACUAAUCUUAAGCUUCUCAUGCUCUCAUCACCCUCCCCUCUUCUUUUGUCAUCCCUUUUAUAUAGGGCUUCAUGAUUUACAAAUCAUGUUCCAGUGUUUCCUCAUUUGAGCUUUAAGAUAACUCUGAAGGGGUAGCUUAAGGCUUAGCAUUAGCCUUCCACAGUCUUGUCAGUUCAUUUCUCUGGCCUGUUUUUCCUUGUGUCCCUUCAUCCAUCCUAAUCCCAGGCCAAAUUGAACUCCUACUCUCUUGGCCUGCCUUCCCUCAUCCCUCAAACUCAGAAUGCCCAAAAGGAACCCAUCUCUCUCCAAAUCUGCUCCUUGGUCCAGCUUGCCAAAUCCUGUUGAUAGUAUCACUAUUUACAGUAAUAGAGGGAAUCAUGCUGGUUUCUUCUCUCACCCUCACCAUUCCCUUCUUUACACAAAUCAGUUGCCAUACUAUCUUUACAACAUCCCUUCCUGUCAUUCCCACUGUUAGAAACCUAGCCAGACUAUUCCUGUUCUAUUUGCCUUGUCUCUCCCCACUGCCAUCCAUUCUUCCCACAGCUGUUCCAAGUUAUUUGUCUAAACCCGAGGGCUGACCAGGUUACUGCUCUGCUUAACAACAUGCAGUGGGCUCCCUGUGUGCCUAGUCUAGGAUGAAAUUCAAAUCCUUGAACCUGAUAUACCAGCCAAAGGGCCAUUAUUGUUCCCAAGAUGGCUCUGAGCCUCUGAUUGCAACAAGAAUGCCUCAUGUUAGGAUGUAGGCUCCCAGGAUCUAGAAUGGGAAGAGAUUUGAUAUGGCUAGUAAGUGGCAGAGGCUAUGUUUGAACCCAGCUCUUCAGACUCCCAAGUCCUGUGCUCUUGCCCCUACCCCAAUAUGGCAUUCAUCAUAUCUGGUAUAUCAAGACACUGGUUCUUCUGAAGGUUCUCAAUAGGUGGAGUCCCACUAGCUCAUGAAAAUCAUUGUCCCCUUUAGCCAAGACCUGGCCUGAUUCAGCAGUUCUCCUUCAAGAUUCUAGGAGCCUGUUCAAACUGAGCAGUCCUGGGAUCUGUGACUGUCUUUUUACUAUGCGUCAGUAUGACAUCCCUCCCUGAAUCUGUGGCAGUGCUUAAGAUGAGCUAAAGGCUGUAGACAGCUGGGCUGGGCAUUGCCACCACUGGGUUGGCUUUAUUUGGUGGUCCCUGUUUAGUCUGAACAGUGUGGUACAAUGACAAGUGUAUGGAUCAGAGCUGGAAGAGCUGCCUCCCAGCCUGCCCUGUGGUGACUGCUUCUUCAUUCUUGGCUAAGCCCUUUCCCCUUUCUGGGUCUUGGUGUCCUCUCUAAAAUGAGAGGGGAUGGACUACAUAGGCUUAAUUGUCAGGCCUUUAAGCCUAUACCAAGAUACAAGGUUAGAAAAGCAUCUGGGUUUCUAAUAAUGAAAAAUGAAAUAGUGAGGCCACAGAUUAAGGGGAUACUCACUAUCAAGGCUAUUCUAACUUCCCUCCCCCCUCUGAAUACAUAUGUAUUUUCUCUGUCUCUUCUUUGCCCUCUCCCUCCCUUCCUUCCUCCCUCCCUCCCUCCCCCUCUUCUCUGUUCUCUCUCUCCCUCUUCCUUCUCUUGCUCUCACGCUCACCAGACCUUCUGGGAAGAAGAGUUUUUCAAAGAGCUACUCAAUCCAAGCCCUCUCCUCCCAUGUAAAGAAGGCUGUCCUCAGUCAUCUUAGUGUGGUGGCUACAGGGAGACCUCCCUUCAAGCCAAAAUAAAGGUCCUUCCUUGAAUUUGUCCACAGUCACCCAACUUACAAAAGUUGAAAUUUGAACCCAGGUUUUCCUAACUCCAGGUCCAGCACAUCUACUAGACCCCAUUAUUUCUUUAAGACACAAGUGGAAGAUGAGAGAGUAAAACAGAACAUGAGAGAUGAGAGUGACAGCAUAAGAGAUUUAGUACAUAGAAACAUACAUACAUACACACAUACAUACAUGUAUAUAUAUAUACACUUAUAUAUGUGUGUUAUGUACACACAUCCAUAUCUGUAUGAAGGAGAGUGACUAAAGAAAUAAGAAAGAAGUGACAAGCUGUGGGUCCACUGUUGAAGGCUUCAAGGGCCUGAGUUGUGUACAGCUUCUCUGAACAAUCUGUAAUGUCAGCUGUAUCUUGUGAAAUCAGUGUAAUUUCUGGGAAAUGGGUCUGUUUUGUUUUGACAUUUGGAGUAUCUUCAUUGUAUUCAAGUGAGUAAUUUAUGUUGUUGUUAAAGCAACACUGGCUCAGAGCAGAACUUACUUAGUAAUUCAUUUUAUUUACAAUUCGAAUCUCUGUGCAGUCAGUGUGCUAUAUAAUUGGUAAGAGAGCCUUUAGGGAGACCUGAGUUCAAAUCCUGUCUCUGGCAAAGUGACUGUGUGUUCCAAGCAGCUCCCUGAGGCUAAGUUGUAGAGCAAGUGCCAGUCUGCAGUGAGAGUUUUCUCCCCAGGAAUUCCUCUUUUCUGAUGAAGUCACAAAAAAUUUAACGGUGGCUACACAGGAAUAGCAAGUAAAACCAUCAAAGGAGGAAUAGAAUUCAGAGCUUUGGAUUUGUUGGUAGAGGACCUGAGUUCCAAUUUCAUCUCUGCUAAUUAUUAGUUUUGUCACCUUGAGCAAGUCAAUUAUCUUUUCUGGAUUUCUGUUUCUUCCUCUUUAAAGUGGGGAAUUUAAACUAGAUGGGGCUCUAAGAUCAAAGUCCUUUGAUCCAUUUCGGAAUGGGAGGAGAAAGCCCAGGUCCAAUUAGUGAUAAUAGAGAAGGACUGUGACAGCUUAGUUAUUUGGUGGGAUACAGAGUGAUAGAAAAAUGGAAGAAGACUUCUGCCUGGUUGAAUCCCAGUUGCUAUCUCUUGCUUCUUGGAAUGGGGACAGAAACUGGGAAAGAGAAAUGAUCAGAAACUGGCAAUUCCCAGUGACUGAAGUGGGGCCUGAAGCUAAUUAAGAUAAUGUUUAAAGAGUGUGUCACGUACCUGGUGUGCCCUCCUUGGAGUUUAUGGAGGGUGAUUUAGGGCCCUCAAAGAUGGUGAUAAACUGUACCAAAUGAGAGAGAAAACGUCAACUUCUCUUGUAGUACAGGAUGUUAAGGCCCUGCCACCUCUACUUUGGGCCUUCUGGAGCAUCUAGGGAAGGGCUCAGAAGGAGCAGCUGCCACUGCCCUUGUGACCCAAUGGCAUUGGAGCCCUAGUCCUUUAUGGGGUUUGUACCUUAAGACCUCCAGCAGUUAGCUUAUUAAAAUCUGUCCCUCAGCACACAGAUAUAUACACAAUAGAUAAGGAGCCAACCAUCACCACCCCUCCCCCUUCCCCAGUAGCUAGACUGCUCUGCCAGGAUGAGCCUCUCUAGGCUUUCAGUACAUACAGCUCUAGUUUGAAGGCCAAUUUAGAAACAGCAGUACAGAAAUCUGGGCUAGCUCUGCUUUUAUACACUGCCUAGAGGAGAAAGAGCCCGCUGUUCUCAGCACUGCUUGGCAGCUGCUGCUUCCCUUUGGCCCAUCCUUCCUCAUAGUGCCACCUCCGGGUCUCUGAGAACCUCUCCUUAACAGAGCCAAGGAACGAAGACGCUCUGUUUGGCAUUUAGAAAGUGCUUGUCCAAAGCAGGUAGCUAGAGCCAGCCUUAUCUGUAAACAAAUUCUAGCUUAUGUGCUCAGGAAGACACUCACAGCUGCCCCCCUCCUUCACUCACUGAUUCUUGAAAUGUCUUUCCUAGGAUUUCCUAGGCAUCAUUGCCUCUUAUUCCUCAACUAUAAAUAGAGUUCAAAUAAAAAUUCCUUUGGGAGAAGCAGCACCUUCUUCUCAUUAGAGGAAGGAGUCAAUAACAGCAGGUUCUUUCCUGAGCAGGUUUUAAUAGAGGGUAGAGCCUUGGUUGUUGAAGUGGGGACUUGGACACCAAUGCAUGGGUGAAGGCCAUAGAAACGGAAAACCGAGGAAAACCAUUUGUUUAACAACGUGAAGACAAAUUACUUUGGAAACUUUAAAGACUCGGGUCAGUGCAAUAAAUGAGCAACCCUGACUCCGGAGGAUUUAUGGUGAAGCAGGCCACCCACCCCCUUCCUGCCUGAGAGGACACAGAUAAGACAGACGUUUUUCCAGCUUGACCAUUAGGGGAAUUUGUUUUGCUUGAUUUGGCAAAUUUGUCUCAAGGGUUUUGUUUUUGCUUUCCUUUUUUCCCCAGUGAAGGGAGAGAGAAAAUAAAACCUCUUCAAUUGAAAAAAAUGUUUUUAAACUUCCUAAAGCCUCGAGAACAAGAAGGGCUGCAGGGGCAGAAGUAAUCAGGUCACAUUGGCAUGUAUAUAGAGGAGAAAAGCAAGGCCCCAAACGUCUGGGCCCUGAAUCCAAGUUCUAACAAUGACCAUCAUUGAGUCUUUCCCCUUAGUUUGUUCUUUCAGGUCUAAAACAGGAAUCUUAAGACUUGACUGGGACUGCUCUGAGGACUGUGGCUGGAGAAAUGGGAAUUCUCAUUAAUGGGCUCUCUCUCCAGGGGACAUCAUUGAUGUUCAUGGACUUUCAGACAGCAGGGAAACCAGGAAGGGGCAGGGGAAGGGUUUUCCCGAUGGCCUCUCUGUCACAUUAGAUGUGGUCACUUCAGGCCAAUGCUGCUGUUUGGGUCUCAGCGUGCCCUCUACUUCUGCAUGACUGCACUCUUAGGUAUGGAUUUCUUGAAAUACAUACCUGAAGGCUGCUUGUUUCAUCCAGUGUCUUGGCCUCUUCCAGAUACACUGUGAGCAAAACACAGUUGUCAAAGUUUAGAAUCACUGCCUGGAAAGGAGUCAUUUUUUAAGGGAGACUAAAAUUCUAUGACAUCCACUUUAAGUGGAUUGAAUUGGAAUCUUUCCAUAGUGAACUUGAGGCCCAAGAUAUGUGGUCCUUGGUAGUGUUGGGAGCUAGCCCUGUAAGAGAUUAGGAAAGAUGGAGCAUGUGCAUGGCAUGUGGUACCUGGAGCACAGGAGACUAGAUGCAGGGCUGCUGCUGCCAGGAAUUCUGCAGGACUGCAGGCAAGUUACUUUGCCUCUGGCUGAUUUGUAGAAUGGAAGGGGUAGGGUUGGUCUCCCCUUUAGCUUGAUGACAUAGGGACCAUGUAUGUGAUACAGAUUGCAGGCUUUUUGGUGAGGGAGUGCUAGUGAGACAUAGAGAGGAGCAGUCUUCCUUGGGCACUCAAUGAUGUUAAAUGGGAUUGGAUAGUGUUGGGUUAAAACUCUAAGAGUGAAAUAGAAAUUCCUGAGGGAGAUUCAAAGCUCAAACCACAGUACUUAAAUCUAGACCAGUACAUUCCUUUGUUCUCUCCUGCAUCUCUCUCUGUCUCUCUGUCUCUCUGUCUCUCUGUCUCUGUCUCUCUGUCUCUGUCUGUCUGUCUGUCUGUCUCUCUCUCUCUCUCUCUCUUUCUCUCUCUCUCUCUCUCUCUCUGUCUCUGUCUCUCUCUCUCUCUCCCUCCCUCCCUCCCUCCCUCCCUCCCUCUCUCUCACAUACACACACACACCUUUCAACUAGGAAACUGUGGCUAUUUUAACUGAAACUAUUUUAAACAUACAUUUUUUAAUGGGACUGGACAUAAAAGAUAAGAGUGGACCUACUGUUCUGCCCCAGGUAUGAGAUAGGCAAAUGCACAGGAGCAUAGCUUUUAGAUCACAGAACCCAGUUACGGAGUUUUAGAAGUCUAACCUGUGGCUCCCACUGGGAAACCCUAGGGCCGUGGGUUCUGGGCUCCUUUAGUUUCAGAUUUUCUAAGUGCUUUGCUCACAGUAUGUUUUAUCAUCUCUCCUUUUAUAGAUGAGGAAACUGAAGCACUCAAAUCUGGAAUAUCAGGGAUUGGCAGCAGGUUUGAUUAUAUAGGGUCAUCCAGAAGAGAGGUCAUAUGUCUUAUCUCAUCUCCUGCCUUCCCAGUUACUUAUUUUUGACUGCUCAGGACUGCAGAUGUUUUUCCUUGGCCUGUACCCACAUCCUUCCUUCUCCUUGCCCCAUAGUGUUGGCCAAGCUAUGUGUGAUGAACCCUUCUGCCUUGGAUGUUUGAUUCUUUACUUUGUCAGUGGACAGCAGGUGUGUUUCUUCCAUCAAUGAAUACACUAGUCCAGCCUCACCUGCACAGCCUGGGCCAUUCCUGAUCCUGUUCUCUCAUGGCUCAUCUCCAGAGGAUGUACCCACCGUGCUAGAGGCCUUUCUUUCUCUAGGAUGUUUUUGACAUUUCUUUGGGAACCAAACAACCCUCGGGCUAGCAUUGCUACUUCAGUAUUUCCAUUUAAGAACAGAAAUGGACAAAUAUUUGCUGUGAGAGCACAGUUGUUUGAAAUUCAGCCGAUGGCACCAUUUAGCAUGUAAUAAUGGUUCAGACAGAUAAGCCAUAUGUUGACUGCUUAUAUGUGUAAAUGAUUCACUCUUAGAAAGGCAAGCAGACUAGCGGCUUAACACUAAGAACUUCUGUUCUGGCAACCUUAAGAGCCUUGUGGAGUGGAAAGUGUAAGAGCUCCCUCCCUGGACCUGACCGAGUCAAAAGGCCUAGCUUGGAGUCCAGUUCCUCUAGGACGUGUUUCUUUCCUUCCUACUUGGGUGACCUUGGACAAGCACCUUCCCUUCUUUGGGACUUCAUUCCCUCACCUUGCAAAUAGGAAGUGUCAAGAAUGUAUCACUUUCCUUGCAAGGUGCUCGGUUAUAGAGCUUCAGGCAUGUAAGCAUGAGUUCCUAUGGAGAGUAUUCCUCUCUAAAGUUUUCCCCUGAUGCUUUAACAUAACAUGGAAGUGAGAGUUAACUCUUAGGCAUCAAGGAUGGGCCUAGUAAUAGAUUCUUACCUCCAAGGCCUGCUCUAGCAAAGGGUAUGAAAAAUCACAUCAAACUUAGCCAUGGAGUUAAUACAUUUGUUCUUUAAACCCUCACCUUCCAUCUCAGAAUCAAUACCAUGUAUUGGCUCCAAGACAGAAGAGUGGUAAGGGCUAGGCAAUGGGGUUAAGGGACUUCCUAGGGUCACACAGCUGGGAGGGGUCUGAGGCCAGAUUUGAGCCCAGGAACUCCUGUCUCUAGGCCUGGCUCUCAAUCCACUGAGCUACCCAGCUAUAACAAAUCAUGAAGACAGUAUUAUACUAAGGCAUGGAAGGAGGAGAUGUAAAGAUUACAUCAUGGAUACUUUGGAAUGCUUUAUGUAUAUUACUCCUAUUAUUUACUCACUUCAUAUUAAGAAUGUAUCAAAGCAGUGACUAAUGUUUCUUAAAUAUGCUCUAACUUAAAAAAAAAUAAAAGCAAUCUAACCGUCA